GUGGCAUCGUUGGCGGAUCACGGUCAUGGGGAAUGGUUGCCCUCGCGUGCACGAUGUAUGAUGUGGACUAUUAUUAAUGUUUCAAAAUCAAUCGUAGCAAUCAUGUCAAUCCGUGUUUUUGCCAUGUAUCACCGAUCCAUGCGGAUGAGGAUAUUCCUUAUUAUCUGCUUUCUGGUCACUACUAAAGAACGUGUACUUUCCGGGUCGGGAGUCUGCACCACCUUUCUAUUUCUCCUCCUUACCGGACGGGUCCUCGUGGAGUAUGUCCGUGAGAUGCAGAGAACACGUUCAGACGAUGGAUUUGGUGAUGGUCAUGGCGACAUUAUUGCCAUCCUUAGGGACCAUGUACUGCAUUUUUCGUGCUAUCUCAUAUUGAGCGUCAUGCAGGUUGCUACUAUAUCUGCAAAUGGUGAUACUGACGGGAGCCGGUGGUAUAGAAGCAUUGCAACAUUCUUCGUCACCAUCCAGCAAUGUGUCCUGGUUCCUCGACUGGUCAUCAGUACUCGAGAAUAUUUCUCUCAGCUCGAUUAUGUAUCGGACAGAGUGACAGACCUCGAUGCCAUGGCAUUCGCAUAUAACCCCAAUGUAAAUACGUAGACUUCGUCUGUUUGAACGAACUGCGAAAGCAACCUUGAUGUUUUGCUUGUCAUCAAAACGCAUAUUGCUCGGAAAACUACAUAGGCGUCGCUAAGUACUACCUAUCUCACUCACUUUCCAAUACAAACAUGAUACAAGCAUAACGCCGGGCAACCAAAGUAUCUAUUCUGCAAUGUCCGAGCCAACGUCUGUCUGGAUGGGGGAAAUGACCUGGAUAUUAACCUCAUGAUUCCGAGCCCGUGUCACAGUAAGCCGAUCCUGUUCCAAGAAUAUCCUGGAGCCAGCUGUCGGGAAUGGCGUACGACAUACCGUUGCAAUGUAUGCACGAUUCGAG